AUGUCAUCAGCAAACCUAACAACCGCCCAACAAUGCAUCGAAAACCUUCGUGCGUAUAAACCAUCACCCGAUAUAUUUAUCUAUAAGCAUCGUGCUGCUGUAUUGGUGCCGUUGAUGAUAAAUCCUGUUACCAGGGACCUCGAAGUACUCUUCAUAAAACGUGCUGACCAAUUGAGAAGUUUUCCGGGUGAAGCUGCGUUUCCUGGAGGACGUGCUGAACCAACGGACGAAAAUUUAUAUAUUACAGCGACAAGAGAAGCUGAAGAAGAAAUUGGCCUAAAACGUUCAGAUAUUGAGCCGCUCUGUCAAUUUUCACCUCUAUUAACAAGCAACUUUCUCCUUGUCACACCAUUCGCCGCAUUAAUAAGAAAUCCCGCAGAAUUCAAACCAACCCUCAAUCCACAAGAAGUAUCCCAAGUUUUCACGGUUCCACUACGUGUUUUUAUAUCCAGAGAGAUUCACGAGUAUCAAGAUGUUAAUUGGAAUGGACAAAGGUAUCGAAGGCACGUAUUCAAAUGGCAAGGUUGGACUAUAUUGGGUUUGAGUUCUCAUGUGAUGGGAUAUCUUGCUAAAGCGGCGUACGAAUUGAGUGAAUUGCCAUGGGCAGAAUAUGCCCCGAAUCAACUUGAUGAUACUGCUUUGAUAAUUGCUCUUAGACCGGAGAUUAAGUUGAUAAAAUCUCAUAUUUGA